CCACCUGAGCCACAGUGGUCCCUCCUCCAGCCUGCAUCUCCAUGGCAACCACAGCCUCGUUCUCAGGCUCCAGCCCCUUGCCCGCCCCGCCUGGUGGCGAAGCGUCUGGAACUGCAUCCUCCGCAUCCACACCGCAUCCCCGUCCUCCCGCGACUGCGUCCUGCAGCAACUGCCUGCUGGGACAAGGACCACCAUCCACCAUGGUGAAGCUGGGCUUCAGCUUCUCUGGGAAUUCAGGCAAGGAGACAGGAGGCCAGGAUGGGUCUGCCAUGGACAGUGUCCCUCUUAUCAGUCCCCUGGAUGUCAGCCAGCUCCAGCCAUCAUUCUCUGACCAGGUGGUCAUCAAAACACAGACAGACUAUCAGCUUACCUCCUCAGACCAGCCAAAGAAGUUUGCAGAUUUGGAGGGUCAAAGGCUGGCCUGCCAAACAGAGGAAGGACGCAGAGUGCCCACUGCAAGGAUGAUCGCCUUUGCCAUGGCACUCAUGGGCUGUGUGCUGAUCAUGUACAAGGCCAUUUGGUAUGACCAGUUCUCCUGCCCAGAUGGCUUCCUGCUUCGGCACAAGAUCUGCACCCCGCUGACCCUGGAGAUGUACUACACGGAGAUGGACACCGAUAACCAAGAUCGCCACCGCAACAUCCUGGCAGCCCUCGGGGCCUACCCUGUGAACCGCAAGCAUGUCACCGAGAUGCCUGCCAUCUGGGGGAACAGCUACCGGGCCUCCAAGGAAGAGCAUAAGGGCCCCACCCCUGCAGCCGUGGUUGUGUCCACUGCAGCAGCGGCAGCGGCAGCAGGCACUGAGCCGUCCGGCAUAGACCCAUCAGGGAAGCCUUCGGCCAUGAGAGAGGAAGGAGACCCACCCAAGACAGAGGGCAUGCCGUCCCAGGCCCCUCAGUGACCGUCUCCCGUUCCCCUGUCCCCUCCCCCUCCGCCAGUGACUGGGGUAAGUGUGUCCCUUCUAAACAGGGGCUGGCUAGCUCGCAGGGUCACAGGCUUGCUCUGCCCUACCCUGCCCUACCCUACCCAUCUCUCCCGCCCUUCCCCGCCCUUCUCCGCCCCAUUUCCCUCUAUCCCUCACUUCCUACCAGGCCCAGACACCUACCCAGAUGUGCAUCCUCUCUCGAGGCUACCUCCAGGUCUGUGCACAGGGCUUGCUUUCCUGUCCAGCACACCAGUCCUCUGUCCCUUUCACUCUGACCCUUCUGUCUUCACAGCGUCCCCCACAAGCUAUUUGACCUGUGCACCUCCUGAUGCUUCUCCCCCCAGUGAUUGUCCUCCUGCCCCACAGCACCCUGCUGAAGCCCCUGUCCCUGGUGGGCCUCUGGCUCUGUUGCUUUUCUGUAAGUAAAGAUUCACAUCCACCUGA